AUGUCCUCUGGCUCUGCCCUUCCUCUCAAAGUGCCAUCCAACACGAACGCGACACCUUCCAAGGCUACGACAAACGGCUCGGAUCCCUCGGGAACAAGGACGCCUACGAGACAGCCAACUGCUGCUAUUCCUAAUGAGAUAUCCAGUCCACACGAACUUACUGCGUUCGUCGAAACUCUGCUAGAGCAGCUGGAAACCAAGUUCGACGACAUGUCCACGCAGAUCCUUGACCGCAUGAUGCAGAUGUCUCAGCGCGUCGACGCGCUCGAAGUUUCCAUCCAGGACAUCAUCAACGGAGACAUGAGCAGCACCACGCCCGUCACCUCCCAGUCGGGGACGCCACUCCCCACGGGUCCGAAGCGCAACCCCAGCGUCCAGUCGAUCAACCAGUAA